AUGAAUCUUUUUGUACCUGUCACCGCAAAAGGCGAAGAAAUUAAUUUAAUUCAAUUUUGGUUUUUCAAAUUUAGUUGGCUUUGGCCAUUGGCUUCAAAUAGUCCGAAAUAUGAUUUAGUUUUAGUGAAUCUUUUAGCUUUGUUGGGUCUUUCGUGUUUUGUGGGAACGGUCUAUGCUGAAUUUCUUUUUAUGAAUGACCAUGAAGGUGAUUUGGCCAAAAUAGCUGAAUGUCUUUGUACGACAUUUAUUGGUACUCAAUUCAUAAUAAGGAUUCUUCAUUUGAUGUUUCGACGUCAUCAGAUGAGGGAUGUUCUGAAGAAGUUUUAUGGAAGCAUUUAUGUUCCCAAAUCUGAAAACGAGCAACUCCAUAUUGCAUGUGAAAAGAGCCUUAGACUUGUUUAUUUCAUGUCUUUUACUUUUUUCGUCACUUUAUCACUUAUGUUUACUGCUGUGGGGCUAUUGGUGAUUGGAGAUCCACAUUCUCGGACAAAACCAUAUCUUUAUAAAAUGCGAUUUGCUUAUGACUCACAAGAUCCAUGGAAUUAUGCUUUCACCACGUUAUACACAGGAUGGGUUGGAUUUGCCUCUGUGACUCUAAUUGCUGCUCAGGAUUGUUUUAUUGGAACAACACUGACCUACUGUGCUGCCCGCUAUGAUUUAUUACAAAAUGAUUUAGAUACAUUGUAUGAAAGAUCAAUACGAAGUUUCGAGUAUCCUUCAAAGCCACUGCAAGACUUUCACAAAGUUUUUCGCAGAAAACUGGGAAUCAUUAUACAAAAACAACAAGAUUUGGAUCGAUUUAUGCCAGAUCUGCAAUCAUUCGUUAGCGUUACACUUUUCGUCCUUAUUUCAUUUGGAGUAUUUCUCCUCUGUGUUUUGGCAUUUCAAUUAGCAAAGAACGAUUUAAGUAUUGAAACACUCAAAUACUUCUUCUGGCUAGUGUCACAAUGUUUGGAAUUCGUUGUUGUUGGUUCAUUUGGACAACGUUGUACAGAUGCUGCUGCAAAAAUGGCCAACUCGUAUUAUAUGUGCAACUGGGAAUCACUGCUUGAUUUUGGUGAUGUUAAGGCCAAUGCUGAGCUUAUAAGAGACAUAAGCUUUGCAAUUUAUCGAUCACAGAAAUCUGUUCAUCUUAAUGGAAUGAAAUUUGUGAUUUUAUCUCUUAGCAGUAUUGGUUCGGCUAUGAGUUCUUCAGUGUCGUACUUUAUGUUCCUUAAUACAAUGGAGGAUAUCUCAAGCAAAAGGAAUGGCAAUAAGUAGUUUGAAUUGAGAAAAAGCACAGCUGUUGUCGGAGAUAAUGGACAACUUAAAGAAUUCAAGAAAAAAUACACUCUGCAUG